AUGUGGACGAUACCAGGUCCAGGGAGCUUGCGUCUCUGCAAACGACCAUUGGUUCUCAGGGGGCUUGUAAUUAGGCCCUACACUACGAAAACCUCCGAUCCUCUCCGCAUUCUCUUUUGCGGAUCCGAUGACUUCAGCAUUGCCUCCCUGAACGCUCUCCGUGCCUAUCAAUUAAAGCAACCAGAACGAAUAUCCUCAAUUGAUGUGGUCUGUAGACCUGGGAAAAGAGUUGGCCGAGGUUUGAAGCAAGUUCGAGAAGUACCGAUCAAAGCGGCCGCAACAGCUCUUUCUCUUCCGGUGCACGAAAUUGAUACUUUUACUGGCUGGAAGCCGCCAACCUCCUCGGACGGACCUAUAAACUUAGUCAUUGCAGUGUCCUUCGGCCUCUUUGUACCAUCGCGCAUAUUGAACGGGGCCAAAUAUGGAGGGCUGAAUGUACACCCAUCAUUAUUACCGGACUUCCGUGGUGCUGCACCGCUACACCAUACACUCCUAUCUGGUCAGCGCACCACCGGCGUGACACUUCAGACCUUGCACCUUAAACACUUCGACCAUGGAGUAGUACUAUCUCAAACCCCAGCUCCUGGAUUGGACAUCCCCAACCCGGACUCUUGCACAGUGCCCGAGUUGUUAGGUAUCGUUGCACCGAAAGGAGCGGAAUUACUUGUUAAUGGCAUCGACAAGGGCCUAUACGUACCCCCAGUCGUCGAUGCUGGAUGGCGCGCCGCUGAAGUUACUGGCGAGUUGACACAUGCAACCAAAAUAACACCAGAGGACCGACGCAUUGACUGGGCGAACUGGACACUGGCAAAAAUCAACAGACGCAGCCGCAUUAUUGGUCCUCUUUGGAGCACAGCCCUUUGCGCAAGUAAUGCAGAAGGCGCGGCCCAGUCAUUCCAGCAGAAACGAUUGAUUCUCACAGACAUUGAAGAAGUCGAUCCACCGCAAGGAUGCAACGCCUUUUCGAUCAUGCCCGGUCUGCCAUUUACGAAUGCUUCCUAUCCAGUCCAACCAAAGAAGGGACGGGAGCUCUAUGCUUUCACCAAAGAUAGAAAGUUGAUGCGCAUCAAUCGCAUGAAAGUUCAAGGCGAGCAAGACGCUGAGGGACUACGGGCUGCUAUUAAAGCUCGCAUGUUCGGUGAUCGAGCCUUCAACUACGACGGCGCGGAAUUUACUCCCUUCCGCAACGCCCUUGUAUGA